UUAUAUAAUUAAUUAUUUUUUUAUUUAUAUUUAAACAAGGCCUUAACCAUUGCUGCGUCACAAAGUUAAGCAGCACGGACAUAGAAAGGGAACAGAAAAAGGGCAUCAGCAGCCAUCAGCGACAAUGGAGCAUCCCGCUGCCCGUGUGAUCGACCCAUCAUCCGACGUAGAGUAGGCGUGUUCAUGGUCCCUCCGCCGACGUGUCUUCUCAUCUGCUGACCGCUAAAUUCCAUCGCCCUGAGCCCGGCUUGUCGUCCCACUCCCACCGCCGACGAUCCGGUCCCAAUCCCAUCCGCCGCGCCGUGGUUGCGGCUGUGCAUGCGUACGACGACGACACUGCCAAACGCCAUCCUCCCCUGCGCCUCGUGCGGUGCUGUACGUCCUUCCCAUGGCCGUGCACGCGCAGUACCACGCCUUCCCACAUGACCUUGACCACCGCGCCAUCACCAGCUCGCCAGCGCUGGACAACGACGCCACGACCGCAUCGGCGUUCCUCGUCGCCGACCCCGCAACCGCGGCUGGCGGCCGCAACACGGUGCUCAGCGACCUCACCUGCGACGGCGACAACAACGACACAGGCUGCCUCCGCAAGAGGAAGCGCGCGCGGGUGACCAUGGACCUGCAAGGCCAGCGUGCUCUUCUGCCCCCGACGCCGGUGCCGGUGCCGGGGCCGCAGGCGUUGGCGCUGGCGCCCACGGGGGAUGUGCAGAGUAGAGCGCUCUGCGGCUCUGCCUUCGCGUCCACCAGUGGCGCCGCGCCAGUGUCGCAGGGCCUCCUCUCGCACCUCUACCGCCACAGCGUCGAGAUCGACCUCCUUCUCCUUCUCCGCAUCGAGACUGAGCGGCUGCGGGCGAGGCUCCAGGACGCGCGGCGCCGGCACGCCCGCGCCGUGCUGUCGGCGGUGGAACGCGCCGCGGCGCGGCGCCUGAGGGCGGCGGAGGCCGGGCUGGAGCGCGCGCUGGCGCGCAACGCAGAGCUUGACCAGAGGCUCCGGCAGACGGAAGCCGAGGGAGCAGCGUGGCAGGACCUCGCCAGGAGCCACGAGGGCGUCGCGGCAGGCCUACGCGCCGCGCUCGACAGCCUGUCGCCACGCGACGGCUCGGGCGCCGUGGGCGACGCCGAGGACGCGCAGUCAUGCUGCUUCGAGUGGAAGCAGGAGCAGGGACACGGCGAGGACGCCGAGGCAUCCGGCGGCGGGCGGAAAAGGGCGUGCAGGUGGUGCGGCGAGGCGGAGGCGUGCGUGCUGCUGCUGCCGUGCCGGCACCUGUGCCUGUGCCGCCGGUGCGAGGGCGAGGCGGGCGUCGAGGCGUGCCCCGUGUGCGCCGCCACCAAGAACGCCUCGCUCCACGUCCUCCUCUCCUGAAUCCUGAUCGAUCCGCGCGCGGCACCAAUAGAAAUGGCGCUCAGAAAUGAUAGGACCGACCACUGACCAUCCUGCUGGCGAUCAAGUGAUUUACACUUUAGGGUUUGUUUGGAUGUUGUCGGAUUCACCUCAAUUCACAUGUGUUGGAGUGGAUUAGGAUGUAAUUUAGUUCAAGUUUCACUCCAAUCCACCUCAACACAGAUUGAUACGAAUCCGAAUACAUCCAAACAAGACCUUACAGACAUAGGCUACAUCUACAUGGAACGCCGAUGAGGUUCCGUCGAUGGACGCCGGUGGCCAUGGAGGCUCAAGAAAGGCCACGAAGGGCGCAUCACGCGCGCAGUGGAUGUCAUGUGACGUGGUGAGCUUGAGCUUUAUGAGAGUCUUUAUCGCAUAUCUUACCUAUCCAUUAUUAGAGACGGAUCAGGUUGCACAAACACAAUUUUGGUAUUGAUGAGCUUAUCAGAUGGACCGACCGUCGGUGCCAAUGUCAUACGUGCCUUUCCCGCCGUGUGAGCUGAGCAGAUGCAGAUAGAGUGACCGACUGUCGGUGACGGCGAGGGAUACACAACCCCGUCACCAUGCACCACGUCCGUGAUGGACGCUUUGCCGGCCGGCCGGUACCAUGCACCACGUCACAUGUGCAGUGCAGACCAUGCGUGAACAUCCAAGUGGUUUUGAGUUGCUAUUGUCGCGUAGGGAUAGGGUCAAUUAGCUCCAUGGUUCCAGCGACCUCGUCAGAGGUGGACGUGUGCAUGCUUCCCGCCAUGGAUAACAGCUUUGAGAAGAUAAACAAUC